AUGCGCUCGCGGCUCUCGCCCCCGCUGGGGCUGCUGCUGCUGCUGCUGCUGGGCUGGGGCUGGGGCCGGGCCCGGGCGGGCGGCGGCGGCGGCGCGGGCCCCAGGCGCCGCCCGGCCUUCCAGGGCCACGUGCCGGAGAACUGGCCGGCGGGCACCCGCGUGCGCGGCUUGAGCAUCCCGCUGACCCGCCUGGGGCCCGAGCCGUGGUGCGCCAAGGUGCAGGGGCGCCGCUGGCAGCUGCAGCUGCUGGGCGAGGCGCGCGCGCCCUUCCAGGCGGCGCUGCACGCGCGCUCGGGCCAGGUGUGGGUGCGCACCACGCGGGCCCUGGACCGCGAGGCGCGCGCCGUCUACGCGCUGCGCCUGGCGCUGUGCUGCAAGCGCUGCGCCGCCGCCGCCGCCGCCCCGCCGCCCUCCGAGCUGGCCCGCGUUACCAUCGCCGUGCUGGACGCCAACGACAACGCGCCGCGCUUCGCCGGCCGGCCCGGCCCGCCGGCGGCCCCGGUCACCCGGCUGCGCGUGGCGGAGACGCUGGCGCUGCGGGCGCAGGUGUGGCAGGCGCGGGCCCACGACCCGGAUGCCGGCGCCAACGCCGAGCUGCGCUACUUCGCCCGCCCGGGCAGCGCCCACUUCUUCGUGGUGCCGCGCAGCGGGCGCGUGGUGCUGGUGCGCUCGCUGCUCGACGUCCGCGCGCCCAUCGCGCUGCGCCUCUUCGCCCGCGACCGCGGCCAGCCCGCGCUGCUCAGCGCCCCGCUCGACCUCGAGGUGCUGCCGCAGCCCGUGCAGCUCAGCCGCCCCGCCGCCGCCGCCGGCCCCGCAACGCGCCGCCGCCGCCGCGCCCUGCUCCAGCCCGAGCCGCCCCUGGGCCUGGUGCUGCCCGAAGACGCCCGGCCCGGCACCCUCCUGGCCACGCUGGGACCCGCCGCCCGCUUCGCCGCCGCCCGCUUCGAGCUGGUCUCGCCGCCGCCCGACGAGGCCCCCGUGCGCGUCGACAGGGACACCGGCGAGGUCACCUUAGCCCGCAGCCUGGACAGGGAGGCGGCGGCCAGGUGGGAGAUCGUCUGCCGCGUCCAGGAGAGAGCAGGAAAGAAUUGGUACCUUGUGCAUUUAGAACUCACAGUGACGGAUGUGAAUGACAAUGUACCUGAAUGGGUCAUGGAACCCUUUCCCUACCUAGCUACGGUUUCAUCUAAAGCCACAGCUGGAACGAAUGUGUACAAGCUCUUGGCUAAGGAUCAAGAUGAAGAAGAAAAUGGAGCCGUUGAAUAUUUCCUUGUGGAAGGUGGGGAAGAUAGAUUUGAAGUUGAAAAGGACACCGGCUGGGUCAGAACAACAGGCUUGCCUCUGGUGAAGGAGAGGGAAUAUUUGCUGACUGUGCUAGCUGCUGACAAACCCGGUCGCCGAGGAUCGCCUGCCUCCAUUUCUGUGGUUGCUGGGCGUCGAGCACCACAGUUUGCCAACACAUCAUACGCUGUUUACGUUCCUGAAAAUAUCCCACCGGGAGAAUCAUUUUUGGUAGUGUCCGCUUUGUCACAUCAAAACAAGUCCCUGAGUUACACCCUUAUAACUAAUCCAAAUGGCCUAUUUGGUAUUAACCAGGCAACGGGUGAUCUCUACUUCAGUCGAAAUAUAGAUUAUGAAACUGAUCAACACCAGUAUCUCCUUCUGGUGCAAGCAAGCGAAAACCAGGGGCAACUCAGCAGUACAGUUGAGGUUUGGGUUGUAAUCACAGAUGUGAAUGAUUGUGCCCCAGAGUUCCAGCAGUCGAUCUACACCAAAGACAACGUUCCUGAAGCAGUAACUGUAACAUCUGCACUUCUGCAAGUGUUGGCCAGUGACUGCGAUUCCGAAGAAAAUGCAGAAAUACUCUACUACACUCUGAGCCCCGAUUUCAGCAUUUCUACUCAUGGGACCAUCUUCCCAGCAACAGUGUUGAACUAUGAGCGGCCCAAUCACCUUUAUGAGUUUGUAAUUAUGGCCGUUGAUAAAGGAGAUCCUCCAAGGACUGGGACGGCGACGGUCAGGAUCCGCAUCUCAAAUGUCAAUGACGAGGCGCCCAAGUUUUCACAAACCAUCUACAGGAGUUUUGUUUCUGAAGAUGCAGGCCCCAACACCUUGAUAGCCACAGUUCAUGCUAUAGACCCAGAUGGAGAUGGCGUUUCUUACAGCAUCACUGGAGGGAAUCAAAGGGGGAACUUUAUUAUUGACUCUCAGAAAGGGUUAAUCCGUCUUCGCUCAAGCCCACUUCCUAAACUGCAUGGGCCGGAAUACGUCCUUAAUGUUACGGCGACUGAUGAUAAUGCCUCUGACGGGCCUGGCUGUCUGACAAGCACUGCUCUGGUGGUUGUGCACGUUGACGAUGUCAAUAACAACAAGCCCGUGUUUCAAAAGUGUCAGCAUUAUCGCGAACAUGCUUCUGUGCUGGAGAACCAACCAGUGGGAACGUUUGUGUUACAAGUUGAGGCAACGGAUGCAGAUGAAGGAGCCAAUGGCAGAGUGAAAUAUAGUUUGAUGCACCGAGAUGGGACUCUCCCCGCCUUUAACAUUCACCCGGACACAGGUGUUUUGACAACACUUCAGAUAUUUGACCGAGAAAAGCAGAGAGAGCAUCCUGUUACAGUGACGGCAACGGACCAGGCCACGGAGCCUCUCAUUGGGAUUUGCCAAAUCAACGUUGUCAUCUUGGAUGUAAAUGAUAACAGCCCUCGAUUUGAAAACACCCACUAUGAAUAUUUCCUGAGAGAGGAUGUAAAUGUGGGGACGAGCUUCCUCCGUGUUGCAGCUCAUGAUGAUGACUAUGGUUCAAAUGCUUCCAUUACGUAUUCUGCAGCCAGUGGAAAAAUGAAAUACUUCCAGGUCAAUCCUGUCACGGGUUGGGUUUAUGUCAGCCAGCCCCUAUUACAGAAAUCUUUUAUAACUCAAGACAUUAUAGCAAUGGAUGGAGGGAACAGGAGUACUAAGGUUGAAGUUAGAGUCACCAUCACCAGUGCAAAAAACCAGCCGCCUCAGUGGGAUAAGGAUAGUUAUGAAGUUGUCAUUCCAGAGAACACAACAAGAGACACCUCCAUUGUGACAAUUAGAGCAACAUCCCCCCUUGGCGAUCCACGUAUAACAUAUAACCUAGAAGAGGGGCUGGUUCCAGAGACCAAUAUGCCCAUCCGAUUCUACUUGACUCCAAACAGAGAGGAUGGUUCUGCCUCUAUUCUUGUUGCUGAGCCUUUGGAUUUCGAAACCACCAAGACCUUUUUGUUGAGGAUUCGAGCACAGAAUGUUGCGGCGGUACCUCUUGCUGCAUUUGCCGCUGUCUACGUUAAUGUGACAGAUGUCAAUGACAACGUCCCUUUCUUCACCUCAUCCAUUUAUGAAGCUUCUGUAACAGAAGGAGCAGAAGUUGGAACUUUGGUGAUUCAGGUUUCUGCCACUGACUUAGACCUUGGUCAGAAUGGUGAGAUCACUUAUUCUCUGCUACCUGAUCGCAGUGGUGACUAUACGUUUUUCCACUUGGACUCGAAAACGGGUUCAAUCUAUACUACCUCUGUGUUUGAUAGGGAAAAGAAAGCAUCAUAUCUUUUGGAAGUCAAGUCAACAGAUGGCUCAGAAUCGGCUCGUCCGGGAAAACACGGGCAGCUGAAUUCUGACACGGCCUACGUGCGCAUUUUUAUCAGCGAUGUGAACGACAACAAGCCCGCCUUCACCAAGAGCGUCUAUGAAGUUAAUGUGGAUGAAGACCGAGAUGUUGGAUCAACUGUCAUUACCGUCAGUGCUAAUGAUGAAGAUGAAGGAACCAAUGCAAAAGUAAGGUACCAGAUAACAGCUGGAAAUGCUGGAGGCACGUUUGAAGUUGACCCAGAAACAGGCGUCAUCUUCAUUGCACAGCCAUUGGAUUACGAAGAAGCCCAGUUGUAUGAACUUCAUCUGGUGGCUUCUGAUGGGAAGUGGGAAGAUUUUGCCAUUGUAAUCAUCAAUGUUGUGAACAAAAACGACGAAGCUCCUGUUUUCUCUCUCAGCGAAUAUUAUGGAAGUGUGAUCGAGGAACUAGAUGGCCUUCCAGUCUUUGUUCUUCAGGUGGUAGCAAAUGAUCCUGAUAGUGGCAUGGAUGGAGGUGAUCUAAGGUACUCCUUGCACGGCCACGGUGCAGAUGAUGUCUUCGCUAUAGAUGAGAACACAGGUAGCAUUUAUUCCCAGAAAAUGCUAGAUCGGGAAGAACGUGCCCUUUGGAGAUUUGUUGUGCUUGCAACCGAUGAAGGAGGGGAAGGGCUUACAGGAUUUGCAGAUGUGAUUAUAAACAUCUGGGAUAUAAAUGAUAAUGCCCCAGUGUUCACCUGUAUGCCCAGUGACUGCAAUGGGAGUGUCUUCGAAAAUUCUCCGGAUGACACAUUCGUUCUGGAGAUGGCAGCUGUAGACGCAGACGACUCAAAUGUCGGUCUCAAUGCAAUUUUGACUUACCGUAUCAUUGAGAACGUGAAAAAUGACUUCGAUAUGGACUUGUUCAAAAUCAACCCUACCACUGGCAACAUCUAUGUAGCAGGGGGGACUCUGGACAGAGAAAUGGCAGAAAGAUAUUUCCUUAGGAUUGAAGCCAAAGAUGGAGGAGGACUGACAGGAACAGGCACGGCCACCAUCUGGGUAGCAGAUGCAAAUGAUCACAUCCCCAGUUUCUCCCAGGAUGUUUGGCAUGCUGUAAUCCCUGAGACUAGUGCUGUUAACUCAGAGAUUCUAGAAGUGUCGGCAAUUGAUGGAGACAGAGGGGAAAAUGCGCACUUAACGUUUAGCAUUAUUGGGGGAGAUCCGGAACAGAAGUUUUACAUUGAGGACCAUCAAGAAGACCAGCAUGCUACUAUCAGACUGAAAAAGCCCCUGGAUUAUGAGCAAAUCCAUGAAAGGUGGUUUAAUCUUACCAUCAAAGUGGAAGACUUGGAUUUUUCUAGCGUUGCCUUUUGCUUGAUCGAAGUGGAAGACCGUAAUGACCACAGCCCUGUGUUCGGUUCUCAGUUUGUCCAGUUGAGCCCUUUCUUUGAAAACACGCCUGUGGGUACCACCAUCAUCACCGUAACAGCCACGGAUGAGGACUCCGGCUUGAAUGGGAACAUUGAGUAUUCCAUCCGGUUGGAUUCGGAUCCUGCUGGGCAAUUUGCGGUAGACCAAGAUGGUCAUGUGACUGUGUCAAAAGGGUUGGAUCGGGAGGUCAUUCAGGAGUAUGGUUUAAUUGUGCAGGCUUCUGAUCAAGGUCUCCCUGCCCGAACAGGAAGUGUUACAAUAUUGAUAGACUUGCUGGAUAUAAAUGACAAUGAGCCAAGGUUCGAGGCAUCAUACAUGCCUGUGGUCUGGGAAAACACACCAGGACCUCAGCUCGUGUACAUGAACCCUACAUCAAAUCUACUUUGGGCUUUUGAUCCAGACAGUGAUGACAAUGGGCCACCUUUUAUGUUUCAGUUGCCAUCAGAUUAUCAGAACCCUUUGGAUUUCUCUCUCAUCGACAAUGGAAAUAAUACAGCAACGAUUACGGCUCUGAGGUCUUUUGACAGAGAGAAGCAGAAGCUGUUCCAUCUACCCAUUAUUAUAACUGAUAGUGGGAGCCCGCCUAUGAGCUCUACGAACAUCUUGACUAUAACUAUUGGUGAUGAAAAUGAUAAUAGUCAUGGAGCUGGCCAUAAGGAAGUCUAUGUUUACAUGCACCGAGGAAAAUGGUCAACAACAGUGCUUGGGCACGUGUUUGCUCCUGAUCCAGAUGACUGGGACAAUAAAACAUUUGUCUCUGAAGGAAAAAUGCACAAAUCUUUCAGACUAAAUCAAAGGACUGGCGCUCUGCUCAUGGUGGAUAAUGCUCCUCAGGGAACAUAUGAGUUAAAAAUCAGAGUGUCAGAUGGAAUCUGGCCUGAUGUUAUAGCAACUGUGCAGAUACAUGUCAGAGAGAUAGAAAAUGAAGCCAUUUGGAAUUCAGCAACUCUGCGCCUGGCAGACAUGACUGCGGAAGAGUUCAUAAGGAGGGACGAGCCUGAAGAAAGCAGGCGUGACAAGUUUAAAGACCUGCUAGGAGGAAUCUUUUCCAUCCAUCUUGAGGACAUCAUUAUUUUCAGCGUGACAAAUGUUGAUGGGAGACAGACAGAUGUGAGAUUUGCAGUUCAGAACGGCUCUUCCUAUUACAGGCCAGAAAUGCUGCAUGGGCAAAUGGCUGCCUUUAAGAACAAGAUCCAGUUGGCUUUAGGGGUCAACGUUUCUCAGAUUGAUGUGGAUGAAUGCCAUGGGACAGACUGUAGCGGUAACAGCGGCUGCGCAAACUACAUCACGGUGAGUGACAUCCCCACAGUGAUGGACACAGGAAGUGUGUCGCUUGUCUCCAUAACAACCACCACCACCGCCGUCUGCACCUGUGCAGCCAGAGAGAGAGUUCAUCGAUCAUGUAGCUCCUACUCUCACAACCCAUGUUUCAAUGGAGGGACUUGCAUUGACAUGCUGAAUGGUUACAGAUGUCAGUGUUCAACUUCUUUUCAUGGACCAGAUUGCCAGCAGACUAGACGUAGUUUCCAUGGAAAUGGCUAUGCCUGGUUCCGUCCCAUCAGGCCUUGCUUUGAGAGUUCCCUCUCCCUCGAGUUCAUUACUGAUGUUCCAGAUGGGCUUCUGCUGUACAAUGGUCCUUUGUCAGAUUCGGGACCUGGGAAUCCAGAAAACUUCAUUGCCAUAGAACUUUCCGACAGCAUUCCGGUGCUGAAAAUAAACCACGGUUUAGGCGCCGUGGAACUGCGUUUGUCUAGCUAUGUGAAUGUUACGGACAGAAGAUGGCAUCGGCUCGAAAUCAGGAGCAGCAGGCAGGACGUUCGAUUCACUUUGGACCAUUGCAAAGCUGCAAUUGUGUCGGAGAUCGAAGGAGUAGGAAAAUGGCUCUCUACUGACGACCGGACAAACUGUGAGGUGGUGGCUUUUGUCCCACAAGCAAGGAGGUACUUGAAUAUGAACCAGGUUCUUCAGUUGGGUGGAGUCAAAGAAUCGAUUCCGUAUUCGUACCCCCAGUUGCAACAGAAACAUUUUAAUGGCUGCAUUCGCAGUCUCACUUUGGACACUCAGGUGUAUGACCUUGAAUCUCCAGCGGAGUCCCUGGACAGCUCUCCUGGCUGUGCCUUGACAGAUGGCAGCUGUGAGGAGACGGGCUCCUCUCCGUGCGGGGUUCACGGGCAGUGCCAUGGCGAGUGGAGCUCAUUUACCUGCCACUGCUUGCCGGGUUACUAUGGCUCCAAAUGCGACAAAGUUGCUGAAGAAUACUCUUUUCGGCCAGGGAGCCAUAUUCGCUAUCAGCUCCCUUUCGCCAUACCUGCCCGGAGAACCCUGGCAGAGGCCACGAUAAGGAUGCGAGAACCCAACGGUAUCAUCAUGAGCAUGUCUUCCCGGAACAAGGAUGAACACAUCACCCUGCAGGUGGUGCAAGGGUUCUUAACAGUGUCCUACAACCUGGGAGACGGACCGGUUGCUGUUAGCCUUCCCUCCUACCAAGUUGAUAAUGGAGAAUGGCACCGCGUUUCCUUGGAGAGGAAUGAGAAUGAGUUCAUUCUUCGCCUGGAUGAAGGAGGUGGGAAGAGAGAAAUCCUGAAGGCGGCAGGUGUCUACAAAGAGAUUGUUAUGGAUCCCAGCAGCUUGGUGGUUGGCAACACAUACCCCGUCAAUCAAAGCCACAGUUUCCAAGGAUGCAUGAAGGAUGUCAGAUUCAAUAACUACGGGCUACCUCUAGAUCCUUCCCCAAAGGAGCUGGUAUUGAGUGCCCAAGGAGUGAGAAAAGGCUGCCUUUCCGAAGCUUGCAAGAGCAACCCAUGCAACCAGCAGUUUAUAUGUAUUGACUUGUGGAUGAUGCAUGAGUGCAGCUGCCCUCCAGGACACAUGUUGGUGGAGAACGCCACAGGCCGGCACUGCCUUUACACGGCAUGUGCUCAGAGACCCUGUAACUUCGGCACAUGCAUCUCUCAGUCUGCAAGCAAGUUCCGAUGCCACUGCCCUGAUGGCUACUCCGGCCGCAACUGUGAGAUCACUCUGGCCAUCUUCCACAAGGAUGCUGGGCUUAGCUUCAGCUCCAUGUUUGCCAUCUGCAUUUGCUUUUUGGCCCUGCUAGUUCUGCUUAGCGGUGUUUUCCUGUGGACUCGGUGGAAGAGCCACAAAAGCGUGAACGGAGGAGUCUACCAUGUCACCACCUGUCAUGACGACUUGGAGGACAUCCGAGAGAACAUCCUCAACUAUAACGAGGAGGGGGGAGGAGAGCAGGAUCAAGAUGCUUACAACAUGGCCGAGCUCCAGAUGUCCCUUCAAACCAGCCCAGCCUACUCCCUGUACAAGAACAGGGGGAAACGGAUGGAGAGGCACAGCCCUUUGAGCGGCGAGUUCACCGCCAGUCCGAAGGAGCCGCAGGAAGCAGGAAGAGGCUCCUCCUUGUCGAGCAUCGAUUUUGGGUGCUACCUUUCAGGUGUGGUUCGAAACAUGGACCAGCAGCACCAGGCCCUUCCCUGCGAUUCGUUGCAAGUGUUUUACACCGAAGGGGAGUGUUCCGAGGCCAGCAGCCUGAGUUCUCUUGGCUCCUGCGGAUGGGAUGAAGACGCCCCCUACGGGGACAUGAAAGACUGGGGACCAAAGUUCGAAAAACUCAGUGAACUCUAUUCGCACGCAGAGCCUGAGGAUUUUUAG